ACUGCUGCUUGUUGCCUCAUUGGCGAUGAGAUUUUGUCUGGAAAGACAAGGGACCUAAAUUCUUAUUGUUUAGCCAAUUUCUUAUUCGAUUUGGGAAUUUCUCUAAAACGUAUUGACGUUGUUGCUGAUGAUGAUGAAGCUAUUGGUGAAUCAGUUCGGCGUCUGGCUAAAGAUCACACCCUUGUUUUUACAAGUGGAGGAAUAGGACCGACGCAUGACGAUAUUACUUAUGCUGCUGUUGCCAAGGCAUUUGAUCUUUCUCUCGAGAUAGACAAUGAAACCAAGCAAAGGCUCACAGACGUGGCUACAAAGAGGCAGAAAGCACUCACAGAUGCCCAUCUAAGGAUGGCCUUGUUUCCAUACCCUGCCGUAUUAGUACGCGAGGAUCCUUCGCUCUUAAUUCCAGUAGUCGUGGUUGUGGGUCAGAUCUACAUCUUACCAGGAAUUCCCCAACUCUUCCAACGCUUACUCUAUUCUCUCAAGCCUUAUUUCGCACGUCUUAUCAUUAGCCAGGGUCAGUCCCUCAAAGGUUUUGUGCGUAGAGAGAUUAUCACUUAUCAGCCCGAAACCCAGCUUGCAGCCUAUCUGACUGGUCUGCAGGCAGAAUACCCAAAGGACCAAUUGCUCAUCGGAUCAUACCCAGAAUUGAAUGGAAAAGUGGUUGUAAGCGUCGUAGGAAAGGAC